AUGCACAUCACGGCGGGCCUCUCCCCGGCCUCCGGAGAAAUGCUGGACUUCUCUGGACAGUGCUUCGCGCUCGACCAUGCGGUGCCAGAGUCAUCUCACACAGUUGAAAUCGAAUAUGUCUACGAGCAACCGCAUAUGUACGCCCAGAAUGAGCGUGAUGGACUCGACACCCCGGUGCCGAAGAAACCGCGCCCGAAGAGAGUCCGCGAAGAGCCAGAGACCGACCUGACGAACCUCAACUGGCUCCAGAACAUAACUAACAUCAUGUCCAUCCCGCAGUUCCCCAUAUCGCCCGUGUCUCCAAGCCCGCAGAUGAAACCGCAACCGCAAAGCACGAGGCUGGAGAAGUUCAAUCAGACGAUAGCCAAAUGCCAGGCAGAUUUCAUGGAGAACAGAGACGAGUACAUGACGAAAAGCGACAAGAAGCCGCCGUACUCGUACAGCACCUUGAUAUGCAUGGCCAUGAGGUACAACAAUGACAAGAUGACGUUAUCCGCUAUAUAUUCCUGGAUAAAGGACAAUUUCAAGUACUACAGGAACGCCGAUCCGACGUGGCAGAACUCCAUCCGACACAAUCUAUCUCUAAACAAAGUUUUCGUAAAAGUGGCGCGAUCGAAGCAAGAGCCAGGAAAGGGUGGUUUUUGGAAGCUCGACCUCGCCCAUUUAGAGGGGACAAAACGCAUCUCAAACAGACAUAAGAAGAAGAAGAAUGACCCAAAAGACGCUAAAAUAACAGAAGAAAGAACAGCAGUAGCUAACAUACCACAAAUAGACGGUCAAAUGAUUGAAAGUAUUGCGAGUGAUAUCAGCCAAGCCGUAACUCUGCACUUACCUGAAUUGUCUCUACCUAUUGGAAUGGAUGUCGAGACAAACAUUGGGGCAAAUGUUAUAGUGGAACCGGUAGUACCUCCUCCAUUGAUUCCUGAUGAUGAUCUGUCAUCUUUACUGCUAAAUCCCACUGAGUGGGAUGACUUACAAUUGGAUAUGUUAGACAACUAUUUGGAUCCGUGUUUCAAGUAAGUGCGGGGAAGCUUUUUGUGGUAAUUGAAAAUAUAAAGGCUGUAACUCGUUUUAUAAUGUUCGAAUAGAAAAUAUGUAUAAUCAAUAGAUAAUGAGAAAAUUGAUUUUGAAUGUUUAAUUGCGAAUCACAUGGCGUCAACAAACUUUGCAGUUGUCUCUAUAUAUAGGGACAUACAUAACUAUUAAAAUUUUAACUAAA